AUGUCGCUGGCUGCUGUGAUCAACCCGCUCGGCUUCUCCUUGUUUCGAUUGCUCACAUCGCGUCCUGGCGAGAACGUCCUCAUCUCCCCGCUGUCCAUAUCGGGUUGCCUGUCAAUGGUGGCAGCUGGUGCUACAGAGGGAUCCGGCGCUCAAAAGGAGCUGAUGACCUUGCUCAAGGCUCUGGUUCCGAGUUUGCCCCCUGACAGCACCGUGAAAAUGGACAACUCCGCGUGGGUUAAAAUGCUGAUCCGCCCAGAUUUCGUGGAAGAAGUCCAAGCCAAGUUCGGUGCAGAUGCCCGUCAGCUGACGAGCACGGAUCCCAAACCCAUCAACGACUGGGUGAAGGACAAGACCAGCGGGCUCAUUCCGACUCUUUUCGAUGGUGAGCUGGACCCCCUCACUGUGCUGGUACUGGUCAACACCGUGUUCUUCAAGGGCUCGUGGGCAACAGUCUUCGAUGUCAAGCUCACGAAGAAGUCAGAAUUCAAAGGCUUCACUGCAUCUCUCCCGUGCGACAUGAUGUAUAAGAAAGAGAAGAACGUAGCAUACACAGAGAAUGAUGCGUUUCAAGCUGUGCGACUUCCAUAUAACGACGAGAAAACUUGGGCAACCAUCAUCCUUCCAAGAAAGGAGGGCUCGGCAGCCUUGUCUGAAGUGGCUAUUUCACUGGAGAAAACCUGGGAAUCCUUGAAAGGGAUGCGCGGUGUGGAAGUGGAGCUUAGUCUUCCUCGCUUCCGCCUCAGCGCGGGUGGUUCUAUCACUACAGCGCUAAGAGAGCUCGGCUUGAAGGAAACCUUCGACUCGAAUGGUGGCUUCCUGAAGAUGUCGGACGACCCACAGGUGCACCUGAGCGAGGUUGUGCACAAGGCGACCCUGGAAGUCAAUGAGGAGGGCACCGUUGCUGCGGCAGCAACUGGCGCAGUGAUGAUGACCAGGUGUCUUCCGCCGCCGGCAGUACCGAUGACAGUCGACCGGCCUUUUCUUUUCAUGCUCAGCGACAGCGAUGGUACGAUUUACUUCCUCGGCCAGAUAGUAACGCCAGAGCUUGCAGGGCUCGAGGCAACCUUGAAAUGA